AAUUGCUAUCUGUUCUAUCCCUGUGCCCACCCUCUCCCUCUUACUGUUCUGCGACCAUUCGGACUAGCCAGCCUUUCGCAGCAGUUUUCUGAUGCCAGCAGGGCAAGCCACCGAACAGCAGCCACGACGCAGCAAGAGGAUCGCAGAUUGCCAACAGCAACAGCAACCUGCAGUUCGACAACAGCUACAGACCAGCACUCAGAUGGCGAUCACGCCUAACAGCGGAACAUCAUCCGAGACUUCGACAUCUAGCAAUGCCGAACCAUUGCCGGUCUGUCCGGUUCAAGGGCCGAAUGAGUCCAUCACGGACUACCUUCAGAGAGCGCAGACCUAUACGGCCACACUAACCCUUGCCAAGGAACGGCAAGAUGCUGCCGAAGCAGACAAACAGCGGCUGGCAGCAGAAGCUGCAGCCCAAGCCCAGCGACAAGCUGAGGCGGAGCAGUUGGCGGCCGACAAGCUCAACGCCGACAGUGCCGACCUUCUGAUCGCUCAACACGAUCAGUGGGCCGCUGUGCUCAACGGGAUGCGUUAUGUCCCCGUGGCAGGCGCCGAGCCGACGGCAGUACAACAGGAGAGACAUAACCUGGCAGACAUUUUACUAUGCACGAUGCGUGCAGUCAUCUGGAACAGCACCAUGGGGGACCUUCAUUCCCGGUCUACACGGCAGCUGCAGCACGAUCUUAGCCAUAACGUGAAGACGCUGGCAGCAGCCAUCAAGGUCGCGGACUCCCAGCUGCAAAAGAUGGACACCCGCAUUGCUGCUCUGGAGGCAAGGCCUUCCCAAGCAGCGCCAGGCUGCACGACAGACACGGCGAAACAGCUCAACGAGCGCAUCGACCAUGUCGUCAAUCUAAUUGGCGAACUAGGUGAUUUCACUAGUUCGGCCACGAUCAGCAGCACGGUGGCCGCCAUCAAGACGGACAUCACCAAGCUGCAGACAAGACCGGACGCCGCUACAAAGAACUACAAGAUACCGCACUUCAACAUCAACAAGUUUGACGACUACAACAAGACGACGCCCUGACAUGGUGGCAAGGUUUCCUCACGAAAGC